CUUGCCCCCACUCACAGGCAGCAAAUAGCACAGACCACGUGACAGAUCUGCCAACAGACAAAAAAUACAACAACUUGUGAAGAGUGGCUUAAGACAACAAAGCUGACAUCAUUUCAACUCAGAAACUCCUGAGUCCUGACCCUGGACAGCCUCAGGACGCCCCUGCCAUCCAGUGCAGUGGUCUAUGGAUGCACCAGUGCUGGACUCUGCUCAGGCAGAGCAUGGCUCACUUCUGCUCAGGCAGCUGGAGAGGAUGAGAGCAACGGAGGAGCUCACCGAUGUGGUGCUGCUGGCAGAGGGGAUUGCCUUUCCUUGCCACAAGGUGGUGCUGUCUGCAUUCAGUCCUUACUUCCAGGCCAUGUUCACAUGUGGUCUGAAGGAGACCCGGGGAGCAGAGGUGCCUCUCAGAGACACUCCUGCUCAGAGUCUGAAGCUACUACUGGAUUAUAUGUACCGAGCUGAACUUCCUCUUUCCAAUGACAACAUCCAGGGAGUGGCUGCUGCUGCCUUCCUGCUCCAUGUAGAUGGAGCCUUCAGGUUGUGUCAGACCCACAUGGAGGCCCACAUGGACCCUUCCAACUGUAUCGGUCUGCACCACUGGGCUAAAAACCUGGGGGCCACCGGCCUGGCUGACUGCGCCUUGAGAUACCUCUGCCAACACUUUGCAGAGGUUUGUGAAGAGGAAGAAGUGCUGGAGCUGGAUGUCCAAAGUCUUGGAGAUCUGCUGGGUUCAGAUGACCUCAAUAUAUCACAGGAGCAGGUUGUGCUGGAGCUGGUGUUGCGCUGGGUGCAGAGGCGAAUGGGGGACUCACAUAGUGAAGCCCAGGCCGUAGAGUUACUCAGACAUGUCCGGCUGGAGCUUGUGGACCCUGGAUUCCUCCGCAAAGCCAGGAGGAGAAACCCGGUAUUGCUGCGGGAUGCUGAGUGUUUUGGGAUGAUUGACGCUGCUCUCCAGACAUCAGGUCUCUGUGAGAUGUCAGCUCCUCCUCGGCCAGCCCUUCGUUACGGCAUGGAGACCACAGAUCUGUUGCUCUGCUUGGGUGGGGUGAAUAAGGAGGGAGUGCCUGCCCGCCGUGGAGGACGUUCUGACCUCAGUUUUUGCUUUGCCCCUCAUGGCAGAAGAACCUAUUACAUCCCAUCUCCAUUGAGGGGCUGUGGAGGCAUGGGACAGAUCACAGCAGGGGCAGUGACACGAGACAACAACAUCUUGGUGGCCAUAGAGGCAGAAGAUCAACACAGGAUGAAGAGGGUGGAUAUCUACAGGUAUGAUAAUUCAGAGGAGAACAGCUGGGUGGAGCUGUGCUCAGCAGCGUACAGGGACAUGUAUGCUUUAGGGCUGAUAGGCGAUGCCCUCUAUAUGAUAGGUGGCCAGAUGAAAGUACGUAAUCACUACAUCAUCACGGACAGUGUGGAGAGGUGGUCGCUGAAGAGGGGAGGCAGCUGGCUCAGCUUCGCCCCUCUGCCGCUCCCCUUAGCCUGCCACUGUGUCGUCAGCCUAAAGGAGCAUCUCUAUGUGCUGGGGGGCUGGACACCACAGCACCAGCCAGAUGAUGAGCCUGACAAGCUGAGUAACCGUGUGUUUCAGUUUGACCCUGGCAAGGACAGGUGGGCAGAGUGUGCCAGUAUGAAGUACUCCAGGUACCGCUGCGGCACGGCUGUCCUCAAUGGAGAAAUCUACAUACUCGGUGGCAUAGGAUGUGAUGGAGAGGACCACGGGCAAUCACGUCGCUGUCUGAGCUCUGUGGAAAUUUACAACCCAGACACUGACACAUGGAGGGCAGGACCAACCCUGCCCACAUCUUUGCUCUCCCUCCGAACCAACGCUUCUAAUGUAGGAGUAGUGGAGGGGAAGCUCUAUCUCUGUGGAUACCACAAGGGGGCAGGUCGUCAUGAGAUCAUCACCAAGGAGAUUCUGGAGUUGGACCCUGCAGACAAUGUGUGGACGGUGGUGGAAAGACGAGCAGCCAUGCACGACAGCUAUGACGUCUGUCUGGUGGCUAACCUCAAUCCUCGAGACCUCCUCACCCCCUAAUUCAUCUCCUCCUGACUCUGAGCAACAAUGCCAGGAGCGAUGGAUGUGUGGGAAACAAACUUCUGGCAUUUAAAACUCAAACAGCUUCAUCCAAACCUGGCAUGACCCCUGGACUUCACAUGUACAAUGUAGCAAUCAAGGAAUCUUCAAACACAAACAACAAAAUUGCUUAGUUUCUUUGGAAAUGACACACAUGACCUUUACACGACCAUUUAUAUGUCUGUUUCCUCAUUUUCCACCCCUGCGGUCAGUGUUUGCUUUAGUUUAGGCAAACCACUUGAACGCAAGUAGGGAGAGACUGUGAUCUUGAUCAGAAGAAACCAGUGCUGUCCCAUUUUGGAAAGUAUAUGCUUAUUCCUCUUUUUUUUUUUUUUGGCUUGAGAGUUAGAUCUAAUAUAUGAAUCUGCUAUUUGCAUAAUCAUCUCUUGGCUUCAGCUUCACACUGGGCAGAUGCAGAGUGGAGUCAAUCCUUUCUGCAAGGAAGUGAAUGAGAAUGUUCCACAAAAUGUCCAAAAUAUUUAUUUAAGUAUUUAAAUAAAUGAUAGAUGCUGUCAUAGCUGUGGUUAGGUCAGUCUAUUUUAAUUGUUAGUAAACCAUGAGAAUGAUUUACAGAUCAGCAGGCUGCUAAUCUGUUACACAGAACUAAAAGGGGAGGACUUGUUGGGUUGUGUGCUUACAUUUGAGCAGCUUGCUUUUCUUCUUUUUUGUCAGCUAUGUAAAUUAGUUCCUGUUUUGGACUUUUUGUACAGUAAUUACUUGUCAUCCAUGUAAAAAAAAGUGUAUUACUGAUUGGUAAAGAACAAAUAAAUGUUUC